AUGUUGCCGCCCACCCUUGAGGAACUACGACUCCACGAAGUUAAGUUCGACUCCUCGCAGCGCAACGCCGCUAGGAGGGAUCUGGAGCUCAAGGCACCGAAGGUCCCUGGGCAUUCGAUCCUCGCAACCCCGCACCUCAUCGAGUGUCCCAACCUCGCUCGCCUCUUCGUUAUCUGCUCCUCUACAGCCCAGGCGCAACUGCCGCCGUGGAUCCCCUCCAGCCUUCCGGAGCUCGUGUUGUCCGUUGGCCGUGGCGGCAUCAUUCCAGAUCUUGGUACGGACCUCCAGCCGUCGUCGGUGACAAUCUACGCUUCAUGUGAUCGCCGCUCCGAAUACCUCCAUCGCUCCACCUGCGCCAGGGAUUGCAUCGACAGCCUCCCUUAUCCUCACGCUAUACAGACACUUACAAUCCACAUCAAGCUCGAACACUUCUGGGAUCCUCUCGAGGAAUCCUUCCCAUCACUUUCAAACUACGAGAUGCUCUCGCAGCUUGUCUGCCACCUCCGGGAAAGCGAGCAAGGAAGCUGCUUGCAGUCAAUUGUCCUAGUCAUAAGGAUAUCAACGUCUCCGAUUCCAGGGAAAAGACCGUAUGAUGGCCACCAAACGCGGGAGUUGGCUAAGCUGGAGAAGGGGCUCGCACGGCUGGUAGAAGAAAAUGUCCUCGAUGCGGACCUCACCCUGGAGUCUGAAGAUUCUGAACCAUACAUGCGUUGUAAGAUACGUAGGGCGUGA